AGAGACAGCGCGUCAGCCACUGCUCGUCAGUUCUUUCUUGCAAAAGAAGAAGGUUCUCUUCGCUCUCGAGAAAUAAGGUUUCCCCGCGGUUUUCGUGUGGAGGAAAGCUGACAGGUCGCCUCGGAGCGCGAGGGCGCGCGGCGACCCUGCAGAGACAUCCGCCAGGAGACCCCUCUACGAAGAGGAAAGGAAAGAGGAAAGAAAACACACAAAAAGACAAAAGAAAGAGCAAGAAUUUCGCGGACAGAGGAGCGAGAUCGAUCUUUCCUUGAACAGGGAACUGAAAAAGCAAACCAGCCUCUUCAUCAGGCAAUGCGCGUCUCUCGCUGAACCAAGCCCCAAGGCCAGAUGAACGGUCUUGUCUCACUUUCUGGCCUUCGCCUUUGAGAUACUCUUGACAUUUCUUCUCUCGCCAGCCAGCCUUCAAUUCACCAUCUACUCAAAAACCGAGUCUUCGUCUUCGUCUCUGUGGCCGCCUCGACUCCUCCUCUGUGCUCUUCUGUUUUCGUCCUUUCUGUUUGUUCCUUUUCUUUUCUGUUUUUCGUUUUUUUUCCGCCCUCCGCUUUGCUCCUUUUGGAGGCUGCAGGUGCGACGGUUUCCCUGCGAGUGUGGAGAGGAAAUCUUUUCCUGGACGAAGGCAAAGAUGGGAGAAGAACGUCCAGUUUGUCUCGGCGUCCUCGCGCUCCAGGGCGCCUUCUUCGAUCACAUAAAGUCGUUCAAGCGCCUCAACUUGGGCACAAGGCUUCGCCUCACUCUGGUGAAGAAGCCUGCAGACUUGGAGGAGAUCGACGCGCUUGUCAUUCCUGGAGGCGAGUCGACGGCCAUGCGGAUCAUCGCCGGAGAGGAAAUGAUGAGUGCUCUCCAGGCCUUUGUCCACGAAAAGAAGAAACCUGUGUGGGGUACUUGCGCAGGCUGCAUUCUCCUCUCGAACACCGUCUGUACUCUCGAAACGUCUUCCUCGCCUUCCGCUUCUGAAAUUCGGGAGACGCCAAGCGACGACGGGUACGGAGACUUCAUUGGCGGUGCCGCAGUGCGGACCUGCAGGAAUUUUUUCGGCAGACAGGUGGACAGCUUCGAGGCGCCGUUGCGAGCUGUCGGGAGACUCAAACUCGCCGCAGACGGCAUGCAUGCAAUUUGCAUCCGUGCUCCCGCCAUCGUGGACGUCUCCCCGGAGGUCGAAGUCCUUGCGUACAUCGACCUCCCCGGUCGUCACACCAGCGUCAUUGCAGCUGCUGCCCACGGGCCGCUCCUCCUCACAAUUUUCCACCCUGAGCUGACGAACGACACACGGUUGCAUGCGUUCUUCCUCGACAACUUCGUCUUUCCUGCUCUCGGCAGAGCCUCCUCUGCGAAGGCGACAAAACGUGAGGUCGAGGCGUCUGGCGCGCGAAACAGCGAGCCGUCUGUCUCCUUUCCAAGCGGAGAACGCCGGGUCUCUGAGAGAGCGCAGGCAGCCCAAGACGCGAAGUCUCCACAGCUCGGCAUCCGCUCUUCGUGAGGCGGACCACAAGUCUCCCCAGAAUACUCUCGCGACUUGCUCUCGCUGGCUCCAUCGAAGGUCGCUCCGGAGGCUGACGCAUGCAACCGAGCAGCACAGACCCUGUGUCUGCUCUGUCCAGAGCAUAUCUGCACAGAUCCUUGUGUGUGGAUGACUGCAUGCGCAUUGGUUGGCAGGUGUGUCUACGUUGCUUCCGAGACGAGUUCACACAAAUACCAUUUUGAUCGAUUGUUUUCUGCAUUGCGCCGCGGUUUCCUGAGGUUGUGCAGUGACGGCGCUGCACAACCUGUCAUGUCUCCGACUGCAUGCAGAAAAUGCUGCGUGCGUUCCAGUCACACUUGCGGAUACCGAAUAGCGACGAGGCUCUUGAGGCGCUGGGUGCUUCCCUUCUGAGCUUCGCCGUCGCUGGCCAGAGCGACAGCCUUUGCUGUGAAGUCUCGGGUGCCUUGGCACUUGCAUGCAGGGAAGGAAACGCUCCCAGGGCCUCCCAGACCUCUUCGCUGCCUCACACACUCUCUGAAAAGCCGACGCCUACCACGAAUGGCCUCCCAGACGUACAAGCGAAUCAGCAGACCUCUCUCUUCUUUUCCAUAGACAAAUUGAUUCAUAUACAUAUAUAUAUGUUCACGAUUAUGUAGGCGUUGUAGUAGUUCUCACGCGCAACUCACACAGAUCCACGUAUCUCGCGCAU